AUGGCUCCCACCAAGCGCUCCUCCGGUUCAGCACCUCUUGCCCCAAAGCGCCCACGACUCCCAAGACGAACUGAAGAACAUGAAGAUUUACUGACUGACGAGUCUGAGAUACCUUACCGAAUAUUGACUCCACUGCCAGCCCGCACUCGGAGUAGUCAAUCGACCACCGCCGCCCAAAUAGCUCGUAAAGGCCUUCUCCGUUCUUCUGAAACUCUGACUGGAAGAAGCAGUCCUAGAAGGGUAGAAUUUCAUAUCCCCGGCGACCAUACUGACCUUGUUGAAGUGCAGGAGCAGGCUCAAGCAAUAGAGGCGCCAGAGGUGGAGGAAAUAGUUGAUACCAGCCACUCAGAGUAUGAUGAUUCUCCAGAGAACGAGCCCGAGAGUUCUGAGGAGCAUGAGGAUGAACCGGAGGAUGAACCUCAAGCCUCGACCCAGAGGUCUCAGACUGUCGGAAAGAGACCUCGCACAGCUCCGCUGACUACUGCCAAAGCACUGGGCAAUGCUCGGAGGAAAGCAACUGAUGCAGUAGCGGAGGUAAUUGCUUCCUCCGACGUGUCAGUGGACGUGAUACAGAGGGGAGCUCGACUGGACACAAAUGUAAUCCGGAAACAAGGUCAGGGUAGAGCAGCACCCAUUUCGGCACCCAGCCAGAAUGCAUCUCAGAGAGCACUCCCGGCAUCCCAGAGAGCACCGCCAAUACCCACACAGUCUAGGCAUUCUGAACCUGUUUAUUAUCAUGAUUACAGCUCUUCGACGCGCCAUAUCGAUCUUUCCUCAAUGCGCUCUCGAUACGGGGAGUCCUCACCUACUUACCGGCCAUAUCGUUCUUCACCUCCUAUUGACGGAAUCGGCGAGAGCUCUGUGAGCAGUCCUCGGAUUCCUUCAAGCCCUCAAAUUCCUUCAGCCCAACCUCACAGCCAAAUUCGAUCGCAAGGAGUCUACGAAAUCGACUAUCUUCCCUCAUCUAGGGAGAACGAGAAUGCUCUGACGGCGGAAAGUGAGGUUCGUAUUCCAGAGAGCACUCACGACGUCUUUGAGAAUACUGGCGACAUUUCUUCGAGCCAAUUGACUCAGAGGUCUUUGUUACCCAACUCGAGGAGUGCAAAUGUACUCUCAAUGCAAGCACAGAGGAUUGAGAAAGAGUGCAGCAUAUUAAUCGGGGAGCAUACGCUUCUACAUGAGCCGUUUCCACCUGCAGCAAGACUUUCGAUACUGGUAGUGAGCAUGUGGGCAACUGCAAGUCGCCGAGUGGGGUGUAGAGUAGACCUUGAUGAGGUCGUAAUUAAACAGGUCAGAAGUCUGCACUUCCGUGUCCGUUCCCACUUGAUGCACGAGGUGAAAGGGCGCCUGGCGGACUCUACGAUAUAUGGGCUUGGAAAUCUUGUGGGGCCUGAGGCAAGGGCGGCUCAAGUCGAAUAUCUUUUGAAGAAUGUUCGUUUCUUGAGCCCCCAACAGCAUUACGAGACCUACCGACUGCGCUUCCUUGCCCCGGAAAUCGUCGAUAUAUUGUAUUUUAAAUACUUUGAUGGCGUCAGGAUACGAGGGGUUAGGGACCCCGAAUUCCUAGAUCGGAUAACCCCUACACUCAUUUGCUUGAUAUCGACGGUGAUUUGGCACGGCAUUCGGGCGUACUCGACAGGGACUUACGUUAAGCCUGAUCAUUUUCAGUCGCAGAAUGAGAGCGUUGUUAAAACGUUCAACAUGAUGAGUAACACAUGGAAGGGGAGGAGUAGACAGAAUCAGGAGGCAACUUUGGAGGUAAUCAAGGAUAACCUUCGAGAAAAGAUACGAGAAAAGAAGGGUGUAACGAUUGAGGUGAUACCGGAGGAUGGGUUUAGCGAGGACGAUGAAGCUUUGGCUGCGGAUCUUGCCGCAUUCCGAAAUGCUCGGAGAGCACUCAGGGGUGCUCCAGGAGGUCCUUCAAGUUCUGACAACGGUCAGGACGAGGUGAUUCAUGCCCAACUUCGCGGCAUUGACAGUGAAGAGGAGGGAGAGGAGGAAGAAGAAGAGCAAGAACUACCAGUAGCUGGGGAUUGUAAAGGGGGCAGGGAGGAAGAUGUCUAG